AUGCGGACGCUGACGCCCGAGGACACCGUCCUCGGACAGUACGCCGGCAAUCCGGCGGCGGCCGCCCACGAGGACGCCCACCUCGGCUACACCGACGACCCGGGCGUCUCGAACGCCUCCAAGGCGGCCACCUACUCCCUCACCGUCCUUCACAUUGACAAUGACCGCUGGCGAGGCGUACCGUUUGUGAUUCGCGCCGGGAAGGCCCUCGAUGCGAACCAGGUCGAGGCGCGAGUGUACUUUCGGCCGCCGCCCAAUCUGCUCUACAGCCGCAACGACCACGGCGAGGACCCGCAGAAUGUGCUCAUUCUGCGCAUUCAGCCGAAUGAGGCCAUUGUGCAGCGAGUCAGGGUACGGCGACCUGGUCUGGAGAAGGUCGAGGAUCUGGUGGAGUCGACGCUCGAUCUGACGUACAGCGACAAGUUUAAG